AUGGCACACUUCACCUUUGUUUCCCUCAUUUCGCUGUCACUGCUCGUCGGACAGGCCAUAGCUCAACAAGAUGCUGUCGCUAAUCCAAAAGCAGAAAAGUUGGACUGUUUGGAAAUGAUGAACGCGCUUAGGACUGCUGCUGGACUUGAUAAAUUUAAAGAUGCCUCGAAAGUCACACAAGUAUUGCCAGCAUAUGGAAACGCUGCUCAAAGAGACGUGGAAGUGGCUGCUGAAACUCUGUGGAAAAACGAGAUCUGCCCCAAAGUCACAGGGGCAGGGUCCUCAACAACUGGCGAGGCUGCUAAAUUAACUGGCACCUAUGCUUACUACCCCGUUGCCGAUGACAAAAAAGACUGCAACGCUGCAGUGGAAUACUGGAAGGGCGGAUUCUCUCUCUUCAAUAAUGAGAUUCCCCCCACAUACGAAAGCGCCAAUAAUCCCUCUGUGUACAGUGACAGGGCUGUGUCUUUCGUUGCUUUGUACAACCCUCAACCCGAGCCUGUUGUUAGCUGCGUAUUCCUCCAAUGCCCGCCUCCGUCAGAUACUACCCCUGGCGAUGGACGCAGACUCUCGUCUGCCUCCACCACAGUUGAUGCCAUCAUUUGUCUGACGAAUCCCGCUGCACUAAACGCAAGUGCGGCACCAUUCAAAGAGGACGAAUGGAACAAAAUUGUCCAGGCUAUAUCUGGCAACAGCGGCGGAGCUUCCUCUGUCGGCCCUUCAGUUGCCCUUGUUUCUGCGGUCGCCAUCUCCGCUUUCGCUCUUUUCUAG